GUGGUUAGUUUCGUUUGGUUGUGCUCCUUUAAGAGCUUUUAAUUAAUUAGUAACAUUUGUCGGUGAGGUUAGUAAGGAUCUCAUGUUCUGCCGACUCUUGUAAGAUUCGUCGGGACAAAGAGGUUUGUGCUGGUUUCCGUGAAAUUAACCAAUAAUUAGUAAGUUGAUAAGGUCAGAGCUGUGAUGCAGAAUGGCUGGGCAGUACGAUUUUCUGUACCCUACGCUGGAGGAAAUUCACGAGCCGGAAGUAGCUCCAUUAACUGGCGUUCUCCCACCAUGGAUUCACAAUGCGUCCUUAAUUAGAACCGGACCAGGUCGGUUUGAUUUCGAUGACUUUACAGUCAACCACUUUCUGGACGGCUAUGCCAUGUUAACAAGAUUUCAGAUAUCUAAAGAUUCUGUGAAGUAUGAUCGGAAAUUCCUUGAGACAGACGCCUAUAAAAAAGCGAUAGCUGCGAAUAAACCUGUGCUUUCGGAAUGGGGGACAAAAGGGCAGAAAUCUGAUCCAACGAAAAGUCUGCUUUCCCGAUUUAUUCCCUCCCUGAUUCCGGAAAUAUCUGAUAAUUGUAACGUUAGUAUGUUCAGUAUUGGACAUGAUAUUUUUGCUGCAGCGGACACCUGUUUUUUUCGCCAUAUAGAUCCUAAUACAUUACAAUGUGGAGAAAAGUAUGACACUAGCAGAUUAUUUGGAUUAAACUUAUGGAGUUGUCAUCCAAUGCCUGACGAUGACGGAUUUAUCUAUAAUAUUGGGACCUCAUUUAUCACAGGAUUAAAAUACAACGUUGUGAAGAUUCCUAUUCCAAAAAACGGGCAAACAGCCAAGGAUGUGUUAAAGAAGGCCAAAAUAUUGACUACAGUCCCAAGUUCUCAUACCUUUUGCUCGAGUCCGUGCCAUAGUUUCGGUAAAACACCCAAUUACAUUUUACUAAUUGAACAACCAUUAGUCAUCGUUACUCAGAAAGUGUUGGCAGCCUUUCUACACAAGUCAUGCAAUCGGGAUUUCAUGGAGUAUCGACCAGAGAUAAGGAACCGUUUCUUCGUUAUUGAUAAGCAUACUGGGAAAGUUGUGAAGACUGACUAUGUCUCCUCCGACCCUUUUUUCUUUCUCCAUUUUAUCAACUGCUACGAGGAAGACAAUGAAAUCGUAGUAGACUUGUGUGCGUUUCCCAAUGCAAACUGUAUAGACUUGAGUCUGCAGGACUUUAAGAAUGGGUUUGAAGGAAAUAUAGAGGAUUUGGCUGAGGGGAGGAGAUAUGUGAUUCCACUCGGUUGUCAGGAUAAGAAUGGAAAUGAGCUUGUGGAAGGAACAAAUCUAAUUCAAAAAGUGCGAACCACUGCGACUGCCGUGAAGGAGAAGAAAUGUGUCACCCUGACCUAUGAACCUAUUACCAAGCAAGGAAUUGAAGUUCCUACUGUUCACAAAGACUUUUGUGGGAAAAAGUAUUCUCACUUUUUCGGAGGAGGUCCGAGAAAUAUAGGACCAUUUAAGUCAGCAAUUUGUAAAUUCAAUGUGGAAACCAAGAGAAGCAUGAUCUUUCGAUUGAAAGAGGGUGAAUUUUUGGGAGAGCCGAUUUUUGUACCAUCUCCUGAAAGUACGGACGACGAUGACGGAAUCCUUAUCACAUGCAUGACCCGAGCAAUUCCAGGAGAAAAGUGUGGCAUUAUUUUUAUCAAUUCUAAAACCAUGACUGAGGUUGCUAGAGCCGAAUUUAUUAACUUUGUCCCGCUAGCAAUUCAUGGAAUCUUUAUUCCCUCAGAACCAAAUCACGUAAGCUGAGGUAUAAAAAAAUUAAUAUUGUAUUUAGUAUUUAUUUUUACUUUAAACGAUGUUCAGUAUUAUAACGUAUGAAACAUGUUUAAAUAAAUAUGCAUUAAAACCAAAUUAUUUGAAGCUAA